AUGGAAAUUGUUACCAGCUCUAACAAAACGUAUUCAUCACAUGUAGCUAUCUUUUGGGAAAUAACAGUUUCCAUAGUUUACUUUAACUCAACGUCAAACCCGUUGAAGUAAGACAAACACUGAAGCAGACGAUCAGACAAGCUCUCUGCCGCCCAUGGACUUAAAUCCCGCUUGAGUUUCAAUGACCGUUGCUUUAAAAAGUUACGGUUAUCAUUAGAUAUUCGAUUUCAUUAGCGUGCAAACUGUUGUUGAUAUGAUCUAUUUCCAUAUGAAAGACAACGAACGAUAACCUUAAAGAUCCCAAGCUGAAGUGAAGACACUUAUCUUCGAUACAACAAAAGAUGAAUAUGGAGAAAAGCCUCUUGCACGUAUGGUCCAGAAACAAUUGCUUGAGUGAUAUCAAUCCUCACCGAACGUUAACCAAGUAAAGAGGAUUUUUCUUUGCCAUACUAUUCAAAAAUGAUGAUAACAGAAUUGUUCAAGUGAAGGCACUUAUCUUCGAUACAACAAAAGAUGAAUAAGAAGAAAAGCCUCUUGCAUACAUGGUCUAGAAACAUUGCUUAAGUGAUACCAAUCCUCAAUGAACGUUAACCGAGUAAAGAGGGUUUUCUUUAUCAUACUAUUCAAAGAUGAUGGUAACGGAUGUCUUCAAUCUUGCCUCUCAAUUCUUAUUGAUACCUGAGGCAUAUGGAAAAUUCGUGGUACAAAUUUACCUUUUUUGACACCCCAUACGGUGUAUUUUUGCAUUUCAAAUCAGAACGAAGAAAGUGAUUGAGGCUGGACAGGUGCUUUUAAGACGAAAAAUCUCUCGAUCAUUACAACUACAAGUAACCGUAAAGGAAAACGUACAUCGUUUGCAGAAUGAUGGCGGCAGCAAAUUCAACGGGAGAUGGAACGCAGAUGAAAACAUUUGAAGAACUUGUAUGUUCCUCUUCUUCGGAGGGCGAAUUGCGACAAUACUCCUUGCGUCUGUCAGCAGUCAUCAUUUUCUUUUCCCUAACAGCAUUUCUUGGGAAAGCCCUGAUCGUCGUUGCACUUCACAAGGUGGCUUCCCUCCACCCGCCGUCCAAACUCCUGUACCGUUGUCUGGCAACGAGUGAUCUGUUGGUUGGUCUUAUAGGCCAGCCUCUCACUGCUACUCUUUGGAUGUCGGUUGUUUUCGAACAGUGGAGACUUUGUCGACUCGCAUGGGUAGCAGCCUCCAUUUCAGGGUAUGGAUUAUCUUUUGUAUCUUUGUUGACACUGGCAGCCAUGAGCGUGGACAGACUUCUCGCCCUGUUGUUGGGGCUGAGAUAUAGACAAAUUGUAACUUUGAAGCGCACAUAUAUCAUUGUCGUUGCUCUUUGGAUUAUAACUGUUGUCGCUACUCUAUGCGAGGCGUUAGGCUCUCAUAUAGCUCCCUGGUUCGGUCGAAUUGUCAUCCCAUGUUGCCUAUUAAUCUCAAUUGCUUCAUAUGCAAAGAUUUUCCGCGUUCUUAGUCAUCGUCAAGCUCAAGUACAACAUCAUGUUCAACAACAGCCGAGCCAACCAAAUGCACUGAACAUGGUGCGAUACAAAAAGGCAGUGUACAGUGCACUGUGGGUGCAGUUAGUGUUACUUGCUUGUUAUGUACCAGUGAGUUUAGUGGGAAUUGUGAUGGCUCAUAGAAAGGGAAAUUCAUCGCAUUUAGUGGUCGCUCUUGGAAUAGCGAAUACUCUGGUUUAUUUUAAUUCGACUUUAAAUCCGUUUCUUUACUGCUGGAAGAUUAGUGAAGUAAGAAGAGCAGUUAAGCAGACCAUCAGACAAGCGCUUUGCUGUCCAGGGGUU